AGUGGCAGCAGUAACAAGACAGUUCAUCGUUGCUACAUCGAUUGCAAUGUUUUACGAAUCGGUUGUAAUUGUUCUAUUACUAGGCUCCGGCUAUGGAAAUUCGCAAAGCGUAAGACGUACCACACCUCUGGCAAGACUUAGGUUUGUCCAUCCUACAACAGAGCUUCCCAAAGUUUGGGCUGGUCAGAUCUUCACAGAAAUGUUGAACUCUAGCUAUGAUAAACGUAUUCGACCUCCUCAUCGAGACGAGCGUGGAAAAAAUAUCCCAGUGGAUGUUUACGUAAACUUUUAUGUGCGAAGCAUAUCAAACAUCAAUUUCGUUAAAAUGGAAUAUGAUUUGCAAAUAACCUUUCGUCAGCACUGGAGUGACCCUCGCUUAGCAUACAGAUCCACAUUUCGAGGCAGGCACGUGCCAAGGUAUCUAAUUAUCACCGACAAAGACUCAAUAUGGACACCGGACACAUUCUUCUUGAACGAAAAGCGUGCUCAUCGACACGACAUUGAUAAGUUGAAUCUGAUGAUUCGAAUUUACUCAAAUGGUACCGUUAUGUACUCUGAAAGGAUAUCUUUGACUCUCUCUUGCCCUAUGUAUCUUCAGAAUUAUCCUAUGGACGAACAGAUUUGUCAACUAGAUUUAGCAUCAUACGCUUUUACCACGGACGAUAUAGUCUAUCACUGGCACACACCCGAGCCUAUUCAGUUUCAUCCUAUGCUCAACACCUCACUGCCUUGUUUUACGAUUGAUCAGGCUUAUACAACCACUUGUACGAGCAUCACUACUACCGGAGAAUACUCAUGCAUCAGAAUGGUGUUUCACUUGAAAAGACUAUUCAGUUAUUACAUGGCUCAGAUUUAUAUUCCAUCGUCAUUGCUAGUGAUAGUGUCGUGGGUGUCAUUUUGGCUGGAAAGGACAGCUGUACCUGCACGGGUUACUCUUGGGGUUACCACACUUCUCACUAUGACCACACAGGCUGCUUCUAUCAACAGCAGUUUGCCAGCCGUCUCCUAUAUCAAAGCUGUCGAUGUUUGGAUUGGAGUCUGCCUCGCAUUUGUUUUUGCUGCUGUGCUCGAGUUUGCUUGGGUUUCGUAUCAAGGAAAUCUAUACAGUCCAGAACAUUGUCAACCCGCAAAAAGUCCAACAAAGCUAGGCAAACAGCGAAAAGAGGCAAAUCAUGAAAACAUUGAUAAAUGGGAAAGUAUGAAAAACGAAGAAGAAGCGCUUUGUAGUGAUGAACCAAUACAAAAGAAAUCCUUGACAUGGUGGCAAAAAUGGAAAAAGGGUGCCGAUUCAGCCAAAAUGAUUGACUUAAGAUCACGGGUAAUAUUUCCGCUAUUAUUUCUUCUAUUUAAUGUCUGCUAUUGGCCAUGGUGUGCAUCUCGAUGAAAAGCUUUAUCAGAAUCACUACAUAUGGAUUAAACAUACAGGGUCACGGCUGCUCAAUGAAUACAACAGCAUUUGAAAUGCAAAAAUGUUGAAAACUUCGAUAAAUGUUUGAAAUUCUAUCCCCCAAAUUUUCUCCAGUUUCUGU